AAUCAUUUUGUCAGUCGCCAUCUGGCAAAAUAAAAAGAAGUGUUCUUCAAAAUAUCCCAUCGUUUCGUCUCUCUCACCAAUCUCAAUCUAGAAUCAUAUAUAAAGGACCAAAUACAGUUGAACCCUUUGCGUAUAACGUGCUUUCCAUUACUACUUUUCUAUCUUUUCUUAUAAUUCAACUCAACUUUCUCCUCCUUCCGUGUUCAAUUUAUAAUCUCGAACUCUCCAGAACAAAUCCACCCCCCAAGAUUCAAUUUUUAGAUCGACCCAGAUCACUUUCACUGUUCAUCAUCUCAAUUUCAUCUUUUUACGCCACAAUAUCCGGUUUAAGAAGUUGAUUUGAAGAUUAACUGCUGCUGAAGUGUGUUGUUUGACUGGCCAAAUUAAUUGGCCAAUAUGGUGUUUGAUAUGGGAUUAAUGUUUGAGAAGAUGGGAAGCAGUACAUUGGCUACCUCUGAGUACUCUUCUGUUGUGUCUAUGAACUUGUUUGUGGCUCUUCUUUGUGGAUGUAUUGUGCUUGGUCAUCUUUUGGAGGAGAAUCGAUGGAUGAACGAGUCGAUUACCGCUCUUCUUAUCGGACUCUGCACAGGAGUUGUUAUUUUGUUAAUUAGUGGAGGCACAAGUUCACAUCUUCUAGUGUUCAGUGAAGAUCUUUUCUUCAUUUAUCUUCUUCCACCAAUCAUCUUCAAUGCUGGGUUCCAGGUUAAGAAGAAACAAUUUUUUCGCAAUUUCAUGACCAUUGUUCUAUUCGGUGCCAUUGGUACCAUGAUUUCUUUCACCAUCAUAUCAUUUGCUGCUAUAAAGAUUUUCAAAAAGAUGAAUAUCGGGGAACUUGAGCUGGGAGACUAUCUUGCAAUUGGUGCGAUCUUCUCUGCAACCGAUUCUGUUUGCACUUUGCAGGUGCUCAAUCAAGAUCAGACCCCUUUGUUGUACAGUCUGGUGUUUGGAGAAGGAGUUGUGAACGAUGCCACAUCAGUUGUCAUAUUCAAUGCGGUUCAAAACUUCGAUUUAUCUCAGAUCACAACCGCUGUUGCUUUUCAGUUGCUCGGGAAUUUCUUCUAUUUAUUUAUCACAAGCACACUUCUAGGAGCAGGAGCUGGCCUACUAAGUGCAUAUAUCAUAAAGAAGUUAUACUUUGGAAGGCAUUCAACGGAUCGAGAAGUUGCUAUCAUGAUACUCAUGGCUUAUCUUUCUUACAUGCUAGCUGAGUUAUUCUCUUUGAGUGGCAUUCUCACAGUGUUCUUCUGUGGAAUUGUUAUGUCCCAUUACACUUGGCAUAAUGUCACCGAGAAAUCCAGAGUAACAACCAAGCACGCGUUUGCAACGUUUUCGUUUAUUGCAGAGUUGUUUAUCUUCCUUUACGUCGGUAUGGAUGCUUUAGAUAUUGAAAAAUGGAGCUUUGUGAAAGACAGCCCGGGGACAUCAGUUGAAGUGAGUGCAAUUCUAUUGGGCUUGGUAUUGGUUGGAAGAGCAGCCUUUGUCUUCCCCUUGUCGUUUUUAUCCAAUUUAACCAAAAAGGCCCAACACGAGAAGAUCGAUUUUAGGCAGCAAGUUUUAAUAUGGUGGGCUGGUCUUAUGAGAGGUGCAGUGUCUAUGGCUCUUGCUUAUAACCAGUUUACCAAGGAAGGUCACACAACAAUGCCUGGGAAUGCAAUCAUGAUUACAAGCACCAUCACCGUUGUCCUGUUCAGCACAAUGGUAUUUGGUCUAAUCACGCAGCCUCUCGUGAGACUCUUGCUACCCGUACCCAAACAUUUGAGCCGGAUGAUUUCUUCUGAACCAUCGUCCCCUAAAUCAUUCAUCGUACCUCUUCUAGGAAACGGUCAGGAUUCAAUAGACAACAUGCCCCGUCCUUCCAGUCUACGAAUGCUUCUUUCAACGCCAACUCACACCGUCCAUUAUUAUUGGAGAAAAUUCGAUAACGCCUUUAUGCGUCCUGUUUUUGGUGGUCGGGGUUUUGUGCCCUUCAUCCCUGGUUCACCGACUGAACAAAGUCUUCAUCAAAGUGCGCAUCAUCUCGUUGAUGAAGAAACCACCGGAAACUAGAUCCAAACGAGGACUGUUUGUUUUGUUAAUAGAUCAGAUGAGGAAGCUCUCUGUUUGAAAUGAUGGUAUUGUAUGUGUGGUUGCACAAUAGAACAGGUUUGUUGCUUUGUGUUGAGUUUUGGUUUAAGGUGGUGAGUUUAUGACUUGUGGGAGUGUAGAUUAUGCCUGUGUAUAAUUUGUGUAUGUUGUAUGUUUUUCAAAAAUUUUAAAGUUUAUUAUAAAUGUUAUUCAGUUUUUUUUUUUU